AUGUCUGACUCACCUGAUACGGCGGCUAGUUCCUCAAUAAAAGAUGAGGAACAGAGUUCUUCUGUGGAAACACCCGAUGUCGAGAUGAAGGACGCGACUUCGGAAGCACCCGAGGAUGUCAAGGGUGACGAGGACGAUGAAGCUGAAGAGGUCGAGGAAGAAUCGGGUGACCAGGUCGAGGGCUCAGUGCCUCCUCAGACUGAAACUACCAAUGUGGUUGAUUUGAAAGAAGAACAGCAGAAGUUGGAUGAGAAAGCCAAGCAGUACUUGGCUCGUCAGGUCAGACCUGUGGUGAUUCCAUCAUAUGCUGCUUGGUUUGAUAUGAACUCGAUCCAUGAGAUAGAGAAGAGAUCACUUCCCGAAUUUUUUGAGACCUCUAAAUUCAAAAGUGCAAAGAUCUACAAGGAGUUCAGGGACUUCAUGAUCAAUGCCUACAGACUGAAUCCAAUGGAAUUCCUAACAGUCACUGCAGCCAGAAGAAAUUUGGCAGGAGAUGUUGCCUCCAUAAUGAGAGUCCAUGGAUUUUUGCAGAAGUGGGGUUUGAUAAAUUAUCAGGUGGAUCCCAGGACGAGGCCUUCUCUCUCUGGACCUCAAUACACAGGCCAUUUCCAAAUCACAUUGGACACACCCGAGGGUCUGGCGCCAUUUAUUCCACCAAACGCUGAAAUUUUGGUCAAGAAGGAGGAGUCUGCCAACGGCGAGUCAAACGGAUCGGUUGAAGCUUCAACAGUCAAGGCUGAGCCUUCUGAUAUCCCCUUCAACCUGGAAGUGAGACGUAACGUCUACGAUUCCACCUUGGACAGUGUCACGUUGCGUGGAGAGGAGAAAGAACGUUUCUCUAGCAGCGUCAUCGGCAUCAAGCAGGUGUUUUGUAACGUCUGUGGUAAUGAUGCCACUGUCACCAGAUAUCAUAACUUGAGGUCCAAGAACAAUGUGUGCUCAAAAUGCUUCGAGCAGGGCCACUUCCCUUCCAACUUCCAGUCCAGUGACUUUGUAAAGCUUGAAAAGGCAUCAGCUAGCUCUGAUGCCACAAGCUGGUCGUCUCAGGAGGUGCUUUUGCUUCUGGAAGGUAUCGAGAUGUACGACGAAGACUGGAACAAAAUCUGCGGACAUGUUGGAUCCAGGACCAAAGAACAAUGUAUCUCCAAGUUUAUUCAGCUUCCAAUUGAGGACAGAUACUUAGAGCAGACCAUUUCAAGAAAGAUAUAUGAAAAGAAGAAAGGGUACUCCAAUGGAGCACACUCUAAUGGCGUCUCAAACGGUGUUAAUUCACCUCUACAGGCGUUCGACAAGACCAUCGAGUUCCUGACAGGCAAAGUCAGUGCUGAAGUCGCCAAGAAGUCUGUUGCUGUUGCUCUCGGAAGCAGUGACGACAAGGAGGGUGUUGACGACACCAUCGUUCACAGUGCAAAGACCGCUCUAGGGGUCUUAGCCGCCUCGGCCCAAGCGCAACUAGUCGAGUCCCAGAAAUCCCAAGAGGAGAUCAUUCGCCAACUGGUUGAGCUGGAGCUGAAGAAAAUAGAGGUGAAGCUGAGCAAACUGGUCACUGUUGAAAAGGUUCUGGAAACGGAGAAGAAGUCGCUAGCCCAGAAGAAGCGCGAUCUGUUGAUCGACAGACUGGCUUUGCGUAAGCAGGCCUCUAUCGUCCAUGAAAAGUUACAGAAAGCAGCUGAGUUGGGUGCUACCGAAGAAGGAUUGCAGCUAUGCAGUGAGGCCGUUGUCGAGGCGAACAGAGCCCCCAAGGUUUUCGUUACCAGAAAGCCUACGGCUGCCGAGUUGGUCAGCGAAACUGAACUUGUCAAUGGCAGCAAGGAACAAAGCAUUGCACCGGACUUCGAGCCUGUUAGUAUUGGUAACCCACAGGCCUACAAGUUCUGGAGUGGUUAG